GUGGGGCGCGGGAACUCAUGCGGAUGCGCCGCUGUGUGAAAUGGUGGCGUGAGAAGCUCCGCACAGCGCUUCGUACCUGAAGCAGGUCAGCUAACGUUUCUGAAACGGUCUGCGUUACGUGAAGCGGUUUGAGAGUCAUUCAGAGGGUAGAGGUCGGAAUUUACAUUCCAGCAAAGAGCCGGUGGGAUGGCGAAGAGGAUCGCUGAUAAAGAGCUAACGGACAGGAACUGGGAUCAGGAGGAGGAGGGAGAGGAGGCCGGGACGUUUUCAGUCGCAAGUGAAGAUGUGUUGAAGAACCGGGCGAUUAAGAAAGCCAAACGCAGAAAUAUUGGCGAGCCGGAGAGUGGCGGCACCUUUAAAAGUUUUAAAGGCUUUUCUUUGGCCACAUCAGCAGCGAGCGGAGCCACGACGGCGUUUUCUGGUUUUGGGAACGGUGGCGGCUUUAAAGGCCUCAGCGGUCUGACCAACGGGAACGGCAUCACGCCAUCAUUCGGAGGUUUCUCAUCCACUGCUGCACCCGGUCUGACAUUCAACGGCCCCGCCUCCGCCGCUGACAUCAGCGCCAAGCAGACCAAUGGCUCCGCCCCGAGCCCGACUCAAAGCCCGAGCUCCUGCAGCAGCGGCGGCAGUGUCGGCAACAAGGAGUACAGCCGGCAGCUCACCGCUCUGAACUGCUCCGUGCGGGACUGGAUCACCAAGCACGUGAACGGCAACCCUCUGUGCGAUCUCAACCCCAUCUUCAGGGAUUACGAGCGGCACCUGGCCAGCAUCGAGCGGCAGUAUGGCGCCGGGUCUGCUGACGGGGGCUCCGAGGAGAAGAAGCAGGGAGGGAAGCUGCCGGCCGCGGCCACCCCUCCUCCUCCUCCUCCUCCCGUCUCAUCUUCCUCCUCCAGCAGAAGCAGCCCGGCGGCUCCGGCUCCGGCCGCCGCUUUGUUCUCCUUCUGCAAAAAUGUGACAGAAGACCGGGACAAAAGCGCCGCCGACGCUCCGGCCAGCGCCGGCGUCUCGUUUAACUUCGGUCAGAAGGUGGACAGCUCGGUUCUCGGCUCCUUGGGGUCCAAAACGACUCCCCCCAGCUUCUCCUUCUCCUCCUCCAGCGCCUCCUCCACCCACACCUCCCUGUUCGGAGCUCCUGGAUCUGCUGCGCCGCUGUCCUUCAGCGGGAAGAACGAGGACGCUAAGCCCGCAGACGAGAACAAAGACGAAGAGUCGGAGGAGCCUCCCAAACCCGAGGUGAAAGAGGUGAAAGAGGACGACGCCUUCUACUCGAAGAAGUGUAAACUGUUCUACAAGAAGGACUCUGAGUUCAAAGAGAAAGGCGUGGGAACUCUGCACCUCAAGGAGAUCGAGGAGGGAAAAACUCAGAUGGUCAUUCGCGCCGACACCAACCUGGGAAACAUCCUGCUGAACAUCAUCGUGCAGGCCUCCAUGCCGUGCUCCCGGGUCGGGAAGAACAACGUGAUGGUGGUGUGCGUCCCCAACCCGCCCGUCGACGACAAGAACGCCAGCAGCCCCGUCCCCCUCCUCAUCCGGGUCAAGACCGCCGAGGACGCCGACGAGCUCCACAAGACCCUGGAGGAGAAGAAAGGCUGAACCUCCCCGCCCCCCCUGAGCUUUUAGCAGACCUCACCCGGUCUUCCUCGGACCCUCCAGACCCCGUCGACCUCAUCACGCCGGUUUUAUCCACACACACACACUCACACACACUCACACACAUUUGUACUUUAAGUCCUGGUGAUCCACGUCCCCCCUCAGUCUCCCACAAUAAAUUGGUCGUCAUACUGUGAAAUAUUUGCGUUUAUUUUUAAUCACAAACGUCAGAAGCAGGUCGCCGCCGGCGCCAUCGCUCUCCGGAUCGGCUACAUUCCUCCUGGCUGGAUGCUGCUGUUUUUAUCAGAAGCAGAUCGAUGUAUUUAAUCAGUCUGUGUUUCAUUUUACUGUUUUAAUUUGGUGGCGAGUGACUGAAAGUGUUAUAGUGCGAUCUUUACCACAGAGUUAUUUUGGGGUGGGGCGGGGCUCCAAAUAAGGUCCAGGAUUUGGUUUUACAAAUUAAGUACUCGCAGUAACAGUUAACGUUUUAAAUGAUGAACGUGGCGAGGAUUUAGUGCGUCUGCUGAGUGUUUUUUUUGCUCUGGGAACUAUUUAUUGUGUCGGCAGGAUUUGAACUCGCUGACCGAACGUCGUGUGACCGUUUCCCCUGAAGAGCUUCUGGAAACGGUGUGAGGAAGGGAAGUGUUUUUAUUUUCUGUAAACAUGGACUCUGUUUUUGACACAAGUGUCCUUUGUGUAGCCUUCGGUUCGGCCUUCGAGAUGAGGCAUGCUGUCAUCGUCUGAGAACAUUUGUAAAGACAUUUAUUGGGGAAUAAAAAGGAAACAAACCUU